GCCAUGCAGCUCGCCGGGGCAGCGCUGGUGCUGUGCGCCGCCGCCGCGGGGGUGGCCGCGGCUCCGGGACCGGCGGCGGGGCAGGGACCGGCACCGGGGCGGGCGGGGGCCGAGCGGCGGGCGGCGGCGGGCAGCAAGGAGCGGCGGGCGCAGUUCGCCUCCUGGGACGAGGUGAACGUGAUCGCGCACGGGCUCCUGCAGCUGGGCCACGGGCUCAAGGAGCACGUGGACCGCACCAAGGGGCAGAUGCGGGAGCUGGGCAGCCGCCUGAGCGCCCACAACAGCUCCAUGGGGCGGCUGCUGCGGCAGGCGCGGGAGGCGCAGGAGCGGGGCGAGCGGCUGCGGGCCAGCGUGCGGGAGCUGGAGGGCCGCGGCCGGCAGCUCCUCAACCUCUCCGAGGCCCUGCGGCAGCGCCUGGAGGAGGUGGCGGCCGACAAAGCCGCCAUCCAGGGCCGGCUGGAGCAGCUGGAGGGGCGCGUCCGGCAGGCGCUGCAGGCGCGGCCGCCCGGCAACCAGAGCGCCAAGGACCUGGGAGCGCUGCAGUCCCUGAUGGAUGCACAGAACCUGAGGAUCGAGGAGCUCCUGCAGAAGAUCAAGCAGCAGCAGUACAAGCUGGACAAGCAGAAUCUGCAGAUCAAAAGCCUGCAGAGCAAGGUCAAUCUACUGAUCCCCUUGCACCUGAAGGACAACAAAACACAGUCUCCAAAGUGGAAGAUAAACCUGAAGAGUCACAGCCUCACCAACCAGAGUCGGAAUGCUAGCGGGGAGCCUGUGUCGAUGCAGAAGCUCCCAGAGGAUUGCCACCAGCUCUUCCUGGCCGGGCAGCAAAGCAGUGGCGUUUUCCAGGUGCAGCCUGUGGGGUCUCGUCCCUUCAAAGUCUACUGUGACAUGACGGCAGAAGGUGGCUGGACAGUGAUCCAGAGGCGCAUGGAUGGCUCUGUGGACUUUGACCAGCUUUGGGAUGCUUACAGGGAUGGCUUUGGAGACCUUAGAGGUGACUUCUGGCUGGGCCUGGACAAGAUACAUCACCUCGUCCAAGAGGGAAGAUACAACCUCCUGAUUGAGCUGGAAGACUGGGAGGGAAAUUCCCAGGUGGUUCAGUUUGUCUUCAGCCUUGGCGGUGAGAGCACAGCCUACACGCUCAACCUGCUGGGACCCCUGUCCGGAGAGCUGGAAAAUGCCAUCGGGGAUUUCAGGCAGCUGCCCUUCUCCACUCGGGAUCGUGACCACGAUCUCAAAGCUGACACAAACUGUGCCAAACACCUCUCAGGUGGCUGGUGGUUCAGCACCUGUGGCCAUGCCAACCUCAAUGGGAAGUACUUUCGCUCUAUCCCCCGGCAGAGGCACGAGCGCAAGCAGGGCAUCUUCUGGAAGACAUGGAAAGGCAGGUAUUACCCGCUGAAGUCAACCACCAUGAAAAUUCAACCCGCAGCACUGGAAGCAGAGCCCUAAAGCUUCCACUUGAGACUUGACCUUCUCUGUGGAGUGCAGACCUGAGCUCCCUCAAUUUGUGUUUACAGAAAAAACAAACCCACCCUCCCUGGGAAGUCCCUGGAGGAGAGUUUCCCUUGGUUAGCAGCCCUUUAGUGGCAUGACACAGCUCUUCCCUAUAUGUAAAAACAGCUCCUUAUUGCUGAAACCCUUGGAUGGGGAGCUCCUGAACCAGAAGAGGAGCCACCACCAGGGAGAUCUAGCUCCCGAGCAUGCACAAGGGUCUUCCAACCUGCCACGUGCUGCUGUGGCAAGUUCAAGUUGUCUGGUGCUUUCUGUCCUGUCUGAACACUUCUGUGCUGGUUUUGAUGGGCUGGGGGGGGAAGGGGAGCCUUGCUGUAUCCUGUCUUUCACUGUUCCCAAAUGAUGUCCUGUGUACCCUUCCCCUGCUGGGGCUGUGGAGCAGUGAGCCUCGGGCAGCUCCAUCUGUGCAGCCCCUGCUCUGGUGACUUCAACCCACUGAGAACGGAGGUUUUGGUGGGAAAGCUGAAGGACACCCUGUGCAGGCGGGGACCUCGGACUUACUUGGCUUCCCUGGCCCCCACGGCUUCGAAGCCCUUCCUGGCUGUACUGGAAUUUGCCAGGAGCUGGGGAAACCACUGCCAGCUCCAGGAGAUGAUGGGUGGGUGGGAUCCUGCAGGGUGGCACAAGGGCCAGAUCCUGGAGGGCUGCUGGGUCUCAAGCUCCACCUGGAGCCUACCAGGGUGGUUGGGAUGAGCACUAGGACAGCACAGGUACAGAGCAGUGACUGUCCCUGGGCAGGACCAGCCCUGCUAUAAAUCCCCCUCCGGCCUGGGGGCUGCCUUCUUCCAGCAGACUCCACAUACUUGGCAGUGGGAAUGGUACCAUCCUGCACAUUUGCCCCAAAACUUGCUCUGAAGGGCCAGGGGACAACAGGGUUUCUCUGCCAGAGCCACACCGCCUUGUCAGGUACAUACCCUGAUGUACAGCAUUGCCUCUGCCUUUGGGGUGGGUGGCUGGGGAAAGGUGGGCAAAGCAGGUCCCCAAAAACUGUUACGGGCCAAGCUGCCGUCUUGGGGCUUCCCAAGCAUCCUGCCCUAUUGAAGUCAUAUUGACUACUGUGCUAAAUAUUGUAAAUAGUCAUUUGUAGGAUGUUGGAUCUUGUCAGUGAAUUUUCUGGUUUAAUUUGUUCCCAUAUUUAAAUGCAGUGUUAAUAACAAUGUGGUGUAAUUUAUAAAUGUUGAUGCUGGAAAAAAAAGCAACUGUAGUUUGUGUAUUUUAAACUUUUUUUUGUACUAAAAUAUCUUUUCUGAAGAAGUCUUUUAAUAAAAACAAGCCUGUAACUGUC